CUCGUAAAUGGCCAAGUCAGUUCAGUAAUCAGUGCAAAGCUUCUUCAACCGAACGUUCGCAAGGAAGCAGUGAUCGGAGAGCAAUGCGGUUUCAGUACCGAACUCUCGCAAAAGCGGUGCGGCGGCGCACCGCGAGCAGUAUUUCACCCCCGCCACAGCCGCCGCUCGUCCUCCCGCGAUACUUCGCGCAUUUGUCUUCCCAGUCCACGGAAAAGCGCAGGCCUCCCCCUCGUCGUAAUUUUGGCAUUGCGUUCGAUAUCGACGGCGUCAUUUUUCGCAGCGAAUCGCCAAUCGGCGGCUCCCCUCAAGCUCUCAAACGCCUCUACGACGAAGACUCUGGUGCCAUAUGGAUCCCUUACGUUUUCCUGACCAAUGGUGGUGGUUUUCGCGAGUCUAUAAGAGCAUUGGAGUUGAGCACGCUUUUGGGCAUUAAUGUUUCGCCAUUACAGGUACUACAGGGUCAUACUCCCUUUAAGAAUUUGGUGCAGAGGCUUGAGAAUGAACUUGUUGUUGCAGUUGGAAAAGGAGAGCCAGCUGCAGUUAUGUCUGAAUAUGGAUUCAAAAAUGUUGUCUCUAUAGAUGAGUAUGCAUCCUGUUUUCCUGGAAUUGAUCCACUUGCACCAUACAAGAGUUGGGAAGUUAAACAGGCUGUGUUUGUUGUCAGUGAUUCAAUUGAUUGGAGCAGAGACAUUCAGGUUCUCUGUGACAUUCUAAGAACAGGAGGUCUUCCGGGAAUGGAGAUUGGACACCAGCCACAACUUUAUUUUGCUCAUGAUGACCUUGCCUACAAGGCUGCAUUUCCUUCAGAACGUUUUGGUUUGGGAGCUUUCAGAAUUGCGCUAGAAUCCAUCUUCAACAGAAUUCAUCAUGAUCCUCUUAGUUAUACGUGUUACGGGAAACCAAAUCCAUUUGUGUUCAAGAAUGCUGAAGCUGUGUUAAAGCAAUUGGUUUCUUCUUGCCCCGACAGUGGACUAGCCCCUAACAAUGCAAGUACAGCAGUGCAUAAUUUCGAAAGACUAUAUAUGGUAGGAGAUAAUCCAGAUGUUGACAUCAAAGGCGCACGGCAGGCUGGAUAUCCUUGGUUCUCAAUUUUGACUAGAACUGGGGUUUUCAAGGGAACCGGAAACCAUGACAAGUUUCCAGCUGACUAGGUACGUGGUUACUUAUGUGCAGCAUAGUAAUAGGGUAGUCUACUCCACAAUUUUUUUUUUCCCUAAUGAAAGCUGGGGUACCAGAACUCAUAUACGGUUGUUUCCAUCAGUCGAAAUGUGCAGUUAAUCUUAACAGAACAUCACCACUGGAUAACAUUUAACAGUUUCCUGAAGCUCGAUUAUGGACUGUACAGCAGAUAAAUCAUUUGGUUUGGACUUUUACAAUAUAAGCGAGGACGUAUGGUUGUGUUGAUGAAAUGCUGCUGCUUCGCGUUGUUUGUAGGUUGUGGAGACUGUAGAAGAGGCUGUAGAUUACAUUAUAAGAAAGGAGUGCAGCUGACACCAGGCUCAGUUCCGGAACAAGUCUUUUUCGAUCGACAUGUAUUGCAAAAACAGAGGAGAAUCAGUACUCAGGUGAACAAGAACCAUAUUGCAUCACCCUCUGUGGCUUAGAUUUUGAAGAUGCUGGACCUCCUUGUUUUUGCAUAUGCUUUUAGAAUACAUUAUAGCACAAAGGAAACUGUUCAGGUGCUUAUUUUCUUAACUGUUCAGGUGCUUAUGUUCAUGUACUCAAUGUUAUUAUAUCAAAUUUCUUGGCUUAUUAUUAUUGAGUUCCUCGGACAAUGGAAAUUAAUCCUAGUCACAAUAGUGUCUUAUAGUGUCCAUUAUUGGUCAUAAACUAAUAAUGGAGCUGGAAGCUUGUACCUUGGGGUCAAGCAACAAAGGAUUUGUGUAAAUUAUAAAUCUAGGGUUUGGCGCCUCGUUGGCCGUUGCUUUAUUUUAUUGAUUUACAUGUCAAUUAAUCAACAUAAAGUAGUUUA